AUCAGAGAAUAAGAGAGGAGGGCUCUGGGGACAAGACACUUACGCCCGCGUGUGCUCUUCUGGGGUGGACACUUCGCUCUUGCUAUUCCAACACUCGGGCUGCCAGAGACACUAUGAACUUCUGGAAGUUCUGUCCUUUUCUGGCUCUCAGCAGCAUAUGGGUCCUGUGCCUGGCCCCCAGCCUCCAGGCAGCCCCUUUCAGGUCAGCUUCAGGGAGCAGCCUAGACCUGGCCACCCUCAGCGACCAGGAAAAACACCUCUUUCUUGCUGCACUGAUGCAGAACUAUGAGCAGAAGGCUGGGAAGCUGGAACGGGAGCAGGAGACUGAGGGCUUCAGUGUCACUUCCCAGAAGAGAUCCUGCAACACUGCCACCUGUGUGACCCAUCGGCUGGCAGGCCUGCUGAGCAGAUCAGGAGGUGUCGUGAAGGAUAACUUUGUGCCCACCAAUGUGGGCUCCAAAGCCUUUGGCCGCCGCCGCCGCAGAGACCUUCAGGCCUGAGUGAAUCACCUGCAGGAAGAAGGUUACAUAAAGUUGAACCCACCAUGCCUAUUAAUAUUUUAUUAACAACAGCCUGAUGAAAAGCCCCCAUGGACGAUGUGUAUGUUUGCAUCCUGAUAGAUAACGAGGGAAACUACCGUUGUUACUUGAGAGGAAUGAAACCAAGUAUCAAUGAGUUAAUUCUGUGUUUGUUUGCAUCAUUUUUAUACUGAGUCUGUGGCCAGUCAAAUAUGAUGGUGUCUCCCACUGGCAUCUUUUGCAGGAAACCAAAUAGGUUCUCUAAGAGCCAUCCAGCUGAUGGUAUCAGCUCUCUUGAACCUUAGGGAGAUGUGAAAUCACUGCCUCUUGUAGCCACUGGGGACUCGUGGUAGAGAAGUUGCUGUGCCUUGAUGUCUCAGAACAUGACUAUAAAUUUAUUUAAGGAAAUGUCAAAAUUGUACCAUUUGUGAACUUCAUCAAGAUUAAAGCAUAUUUUGGAUACA